CCCAGAGUCUUUCGGCUUGGGUGGAGGACGCGGCUGCUGCAAGUACUCGGCUCUGAUCCAGGCCACAGAUUCCAGGAUUCUACAAGCAGGAAACAUCUUAGAAAUUAGGGCUGGGCAGGCAGGAGCCAGGAGAGUAGCUACAAUGACUUCACCAGUACUGGCGGACAUACGAGAAGAGGUGACCUGCCCUAUCUGCCUGGAGCUCCUAACAGAACCCCUGAGCAUAGACUGUGGCCACAGCUUCUGCCAAGCCUGCAUCACACUGAAUAGCAGGGAAUCAAUGAUUGGUCAAGAAGGGGAAAGAAGCUGCCCUGUGUGCCAGACCAGCUACCAGCCAGGGAACCUGCGGCCUAAUCGGCAUCUGGCCAACAUAGUGAGGCGGCUCAGAGAGGUGGUGUUGGGUCCUGGGAAGCAGCUGAAAGCAGUUCUUUGUGCAGACCAUGGAGAAAAACUGCAGCUCUUCUGUCAGGAGGAUGGGAAGGUCAUUUGCUGGCUUUGUGAGCGGUCUCAGGAGCAUCAUGGUCACCACACGUUCCUCGUGGAGGAGGUUGCCCAGGAGUACCAGGAAAAGUUUCAGGAGUCUCUAAAGAAGCUGAAGAAUGAGGAGCAGGAAGCUGAGAAGCUAACAGCUUUUAUCAGAGAGAAGAAGACUUGCUGGAAGAAUCAGAUGGAGCCCGAGAGACACAGGAUCCAGACAGAGUUUAAUCAGCUGCGAAACAUCCUAGACAGAGUGGAGCAGCGGGAGCUGAAAAAGCUGGAAGAGGAAGAGAAGAAGGGGCUACGAAUUAUAGAAGAAGCUGAGAAUGAUCUGGUCCACCAGAGCCAGUCGCUGCGAGAGCUCAUCUUGGAUCUGGAGCGUCGAUGUCAGGGGUCAACAAUGGAGCUGCUGCAGGAUGUGAGUGAUGUCACAGAAAGGAGUGAGUUCUGGACCCUGAGGAAGCCAGAAGCUCUCCCUACAAAGCUGAGAAGUAUGUUUCGAGCCCCAGAUCUGAAAAGGAUGCUGCGAGUGUUUAGAGAGCUGACAGAUGUCCAAAGCUACUGGGUGGACGUGACCCUGAAUCCACACACAGCUAAUUUAAAUCUUGUCCUGGCUAAAAACCGGAGACAGGUGAGGUUUGUGGGAGCUAAAGUAUCCGGACCUUCCUGUGUGGAAAAGCAUUAUGACUGUAGUGUCCUGGGCUGCCAGCACUUCUCCUCCGGAAAGCAUUACUGGGAGGUAGAUGUGGCCAAGAAGACUGCCUGGAUCCUGGGGGUAUGCAGCAAUUCAGUGGGACCUACAUUCUCUUUCAACCAUUAUGCUCAAAAUCACAAUGCUUACUCCAGGUAUCAGCCUCAGAGAGGAUACUGGGUGAUUGGGUUACAGCAUAACCAUGAAUAUAGGGCCUAUGAGGAUUCUUCCCCUUCUCUGCUCCUCUCCAUGACAGUGCCCCCUCGCCGUGUUGGGGUUUUCUUAGAUUAUGAGGCUGGCACUGUUUCCUUUUAUAAUGUCACAAACCAUGGCUUCCCCAUCUACACUUUCUCUAAAUAUUACUUUCCUACUACUCUUUGUCCAUAUUUUAAUCCUUGCAACUGUGUAAUUCCUAUGACCCUGCGUCGCCCAAGCUCUUGAAUAGUCUUCUGUUCCCACCCACUUCUGAUAAGUACCCCGAGGCUUAUCAGCAUGUGAUUCUCCCUUCUGAUCUUCUGUUUUUUGGAGUGCAGUGGCGCAAUCUCAGCUCACUGCAACGUCUGCCUCCUGGGUUCAAGCGAACCUCCUGCCUCAGCAUCCCAAGUAGCUGGGAUUACAGGCUCCCACCACCAUGCCCAACUAAUUUUUGUAUUUUUUUAGAGAUAGGGUUUCACCGUGUUGGCCAGGCUGAUCUCGAACUGCUGACCGCAAGUGAUCCACCCACCUCGAUCUCCCAAAGUGCUGGGAUUGCAGAUGUGAGCCACUGCACCCAGCCAAUUCUUUCGUUUUAAACAUUUAUUCAGUACUAGGAUGCAUCCAGUGGUGAAAGUAGGCAUCUUUGUCUGAUGACAGGUCUUGAGGUGGAUAGGGGGCGCUUUCAGUAUUUUGCCAUUAAGCAUAGUAUUUGAUGCAGGUUUUUUUUUUUUUUUUUGGUUGAUGCAGGGGAUCAAAUUUAGGAAGUUCUGAUCUGUUAAUUUGCUACAAGUUUUUGUAUAAAAUGAAAAAUCGUAUUCUACCUAUGUCUUUUCUGUAAAUUAUUGAGAUAAUUGUGUGUAAUUUUUAUUCUGUUAAUGUGGCUUAGUACAUUGAUUUCCUUCCAUUUGUUAUAUUGGCCACAAAUUGCUGAAAUGCACCGUUAUUAUUUGUUUUAUGCAAUAGUGGAUUUAUUUUGAUAAUGUAUUGUUUAGAUUUUGUUUUCAUCUAUGUUAAUGAAAGAAAUUGGCCUGUAUUUUUACAUUCUUGUAAUAUCUUUGCCACGUUCUAUAAAAUACAAUAAUAACCAAAUAAAUUACUGUGUUUUUGUAUAAGUAUGUAUAGGAUUGGGCUCUAAAGCCAAACCAUUAUAAUGAUAAUUUUGGUAGCUUCAAACUCAAAUCGAAGAGAGUCUUCACUACAAUCUUCACUACAACCUUCGGCCUUCCUCUCUACAUUUAAGAGUAGCAAUAGAACAAUAAAAACUAUAUAUAUCUUUCAGAUAAAUUGAAGUAAAAACAAAAGGAUAGUGGAGAGAGAAAAACAAUCCAAUACAUAUUUUUCUCUCAGAAUAGAAAGAAAAUGCAAAGAGAAAAUAUGAAUAAUAUAAAGCACUUACAGGAAGAGGAUGAUUUCUUCCAGGUUUUCCACACUCUCUUUUCCUUAGCACAGGAACAAACAGCUGGUGAGUGAACCUCUCUUUGGUAGAGAGGUGCAAUAUGUUUUUUGAACCAGCUAUAAAAGAAAUUAUGAGGUACAUGUGAGGGUAGAAACAAGUAUCAAGGAGGAAAAUGGCACUGGCUCUCCCAUGUGGUAUUCAGGAGCCACCAAUGUCUAUUGAGGACUUCACACAUGACUAGUCUGAAUUGAGAUGUGCUCAAAGUAUAAAAUAUAUACCAGAUUUCAAAUACUUACUUCAAAAAAUAAUGUAAAAUAUCUCACUAAUAACUUUUCCUUUGUGUAUUGCAAUGAUAAUAUGUUGGCUCUAUUGGAUUAAAUAAAAUAUGUUAUUCAUU